AGGAAGCUGGACCAGCAAUGGCUCUGCUGAAGGUUCUGCUGCUGCUGCUGGGGCUGGGUGUUGCGGUGAGCUCAGUGUCUCUGCAGAAGAGAAUCAUUGGAGGUCAGAACUGCAGAGACGAUGAGCGACACUAUCAUGUGAAGGUCUUCGCAACUGAUCAAACAACAGCGAAAUUAUGUGGAGGAUCUCUGAUCAGUGAUCAGUGGGUUCUGACUGCAGCUCACUGCUGGAAGUCAGAUCCAGGAUGGGCUAUUGAGGCACAUGUAGGACUUCAUCCUAAAACUGCUCCAAAGCUGAUUUAUAGAAUCACUCAACGUGAGAUUUAUAUAGACAGUAACGGUCGUGAACAUGACAUCAUGCUCCUGAAGCUGCCAGUAAAGAUCACAACGAUCCGACCAAUCAGACUACCUGACUGUCCAGAUACUCUCCUACUUGGCACCAAAGUUCAGAUUGCAGGUUUUGGAGCAACACAAGUUGGAUUUUUUAACAAAAGAGUCAAAUAUUUUCCAGAUGAUCUUCAGUGUGCAGAGCUUAAGAUUGAUAAACAUGAAAAGUUGGAAAAGACACUGGUAAAAGAAAAGCACUUUAAGCGCACAUACCAGAAGUGGUACAGUGUGAGAAGCUCUAAGAAGGACACAUCUCAAGGCGACUCUGGUGGAGGAUUUGUGUUCAACAACAGGCUGUAUGGCGUAAUGGCCUUCACUGGAGAUCCAGAGUAUGCAUUCAAUGAACCAAGUGGUUUCACGGAUGUCUGUGCCUACAAGCAGUGGAUAGAUGACACAAUUAAUUAACCAAAAAACCUGCUAUGUGUCUUAAUUGUGAUUAAAUGUUCACAGCAUCAUCAAAUCACAAAGUUCAAGUUAAUCUUUAAAUUUCAGUUUUCAGUUGAUUCAUUUUCUGAUUUAAAGCUGAAUUAUUUGGGGAUUUAAGUUAUUGUGUACAAGUUAAUCUGUGAUCAUAUCUUAUUUCUCAAUAAGUAAAGCUGCUGUUUGUAAUAAUCAGUAAUAAUAUCCACUGUCAAAUGACUAGAAAAUAAAUGGCUGUAAUCUGA